GCUGUUGUUGUUGUUGUUGUUGUUGAUGGCAGCGAAGAUUUUCACUGAUCAUGGCAUCAUUUUCAUGCAUGACAAAAUCUUCCGGUGCUGCAUAUUGCAACGCAGAUGACGGGGACGUCGAUGUUGUGGUCGUCGUGGUGGUCGUUGCUGAGGGUGUGCUGGUUGUAGUAUGGAACUCAAGCUGUAUAUGCUGCUGCUGCAAUUGUUGCUGACUCAGGAACGGGUAUAUGCCAGAGGUGUCCUCAGCUCCGAGAAUGUAAAAAUCAGGAUUGGGUUGCAUGACUGGUUGUCCAAAUGGGGAAAGUACACGGAAUGGGUCGGCCGGGCACCGCGUAAGAGGGGUGAUAUUGCAAGGAACAGCGCACAACGUGCAAUCAGGGAUUUCUGCGUAGAAUGUCGUAAUGGUGGACAAAUUGAGUUGCUUCGUGGCUGUGCACGACGGGCUUUAACUGAGAUUUUCUUUGAAAUGGAAAAACCGAGUGGUAAGAGCAGUAGUAUCAGGCGGUGGAUAAUUGAAGCAAGUCGAGUGACGCGCGCGUAUAGGUUGGGCGCAAGAGCAAUGGAAGAGAAAAGAGAAAGAGAGAGCAGUUGGGGGAGUCGAUAAGGAC